CAAAGUUCAACUAUAAUGUUAUAUAUUGCUGAGAGUAUUUCUCAAUUGCCCUAUGGUAAAGCUCUCUACACCUAUGAGGGAAAAGAACCUGGUGACCUCAAGUUUAACAAAGGGGACAUUAUCAUACUACGACGAAAGGUAGAUGAAAACUGGUAUCAUGGAGAGCUCAACGGAAACCACGGUUUCUUUCCAGCCAGCUACAUCCAAUGUAUCAAGCCCCUUCCACAAGCUCCGCCUCAGGGCAAAGCACUUUAUGACUUUGAAAUAAAGGAUAAAGACCAAGACAAGGACUGUUUGACCUUCACCAAGGAUGAAAUUUUGACUGUUAUCAGGCGAGUAGAUGAUAACUGGGCAGAAGGAAUGCUGGGAGAUAAAAUUGGUAUUUUCCCUAUCCUCUAUGUGGAGCUCAACGAAUCAGCUAAACAGCUUAUAGAGAUGGACAAGACAUGCUUAGCUGCUGCAUCUGGCUGUGAUGUCCCUUUGCCAUCUGACACCAACAUGGCAGUAAAUUUGGCCCAGUGCUCUACUUUAAACAAUACAGGAGCAGUCAGUGCCAUUCAGCGGCAUAUUGACGGCAAGAAGAAUGCCAAGAAACGCCACUCCUUCACAGCUCUCAGUAUGACACACAAAUCCUCUCAGGCCAUGCAUAACAGGCAUUCCAUGGAAAUUAGUGCUCCAGUUUUGAUCAGCUCUAGCGAUCCCCGAGCUGCUGCCAGAAUCGGAGACUUGACUCAUCUUUCAUCCAGUGCUCCAGCCCAGGAUUCCUCCUCAAUUGGAACAGCUACAGUGGCUGGACCCAGAACAAGUGCAAUAGUUGGAGAUCAGGGAACACCAACAAAAGUCCAGCUUCCCCUCAAUAUCUACUUAGCUCUGUAUGCAUACAAGCCUCAGAAGAAUGAUGAGUUGGAGCUGCGUAAAGGUGAAAUGUAUCGGGUCAUUGAGAAGUGUCAGGAUGGCUGGUUUAAGGGGACAUCUCUGAGAACUGGAAUGUCUGGAGUCUUUCCAGGCAACUAUGUGACUCCUGUUUCCAGAGUGCCUAUAGGAGGUGGUCAACCCAGGAAUAGCUUAUCACGUGGGGCUCAGACAAUAAAAGGAUCCCCAGGAGCUGUUCACCCAGGAGGGGCAAGCCUCACAAACCCAACCUCUGCUGUCAGACCUGUUGUUCCAAUCACUGCACCUCAGACACAUCCCCAACAACAGACAGCAUCUCCUCAGAUGAAUAACUGCAUGAGGUAUUCAGCCCAGCAAAUGGUCAGCCAGACACGCAGUGCCAUGCAGAUGGCAGCACACUCCUCUGCUCAGGUCCCGGAGCGGCCCACGGCAACCGUCUCACCACUGAGAACCCAGAGCUCCCCAUCCCGGCUCCCAGCCACUGCAGUCAGACCACACUCCAUGGCUUCUCCACAACAUGUCCACCAGGCCCCUGCCCAAGUGAUUCCCGGAGCCCAGUGUGCCAGGCCCGUCAUUCCCCUCACUUCAGCAGCAGCAGCCAUUACUCCUCCAAAUGUCAGCGCGGCCAACUUGAAUGGGGAGGUAGGAAAUGGGCCAAUCAGUAGUUUGGUGACUGCCAGCCCAACCAACACCUCCUGCAAAGCAGAGGAGAGGAAGAAUGAAAAGAAAGAGAAGAAGGGCGGAUUGUUGAAGCUUUUAGCAGGCGCGUCAACAAAAAAGAAAUCGCGCUCCCCUCCAUCUGUGUCUCCAACGCCGGACCCCCAGGCAGUAGCGGAGGGAUCUCUGCAGGGAGCCGUGGGACCUGAACUCUCCUCACUCUCCAGCCACGGCAGGGCAGGUUCAUGCCCAAUUGAAAGUGAAAUGCAAGGUGCUAUGGGGAUGGAGCCACUGCACAGAAAAACAGGCUCCUUGGAUUUGAAUUUUUCCAUUCCUUCUCCUGCCAGGCAGCCACUUUCUUCAAUGGCAGCCAUCCGUCCAGAGCCCAAGCCAUUGCCUCGGGAAAGGUACCGUGUCGUGGUUCCGUAUCCUCCUCAGAGCGAAGCAGAGAUUGAACUGAAAGAAGGCGACGUUGUGUUUGUGCACAAGAAAAGAGAGGAUGGCUGGUACAAGGGGACAUUACAGCGAAAUGGCAGGACGGGCCUCUUCCCCGGAAGCUUUGUAGAGAGCUUCUGAGGGCUUGUUUUCUUCCCCAUCACUGCUCUCUGAACCGAAAGAUCUUUCAGGGGAAAUUCCAUAGCACAAGAAGAGACAGCAAAGGGAAAUGUGACUGGGAUAGCCACUGCCAUUUUUAUGUCCAAAGACUCCCCAGGCCCUUCAUUUGACAGCUCUGGAAACACAGUACCUGCUGUGCUUCCGAACCCAUGUACAGUACAUACAGUGGUAUGUUGAAGUAGUGCCUUCCACUUGGAAUCACAGACUGAGAGGAUGCACAUUUGGUUUGUAUCUAAACUAAACUCCAACGAUUACCCUUUAUGUAAAUUACAGAGAAAAUAUCUUUUAAAAAGUUGUUAUAUUGCUGUAACUUAUGUGUCAGAGCUGCAGUGUUCUUGUUACUGGCCUAUGCAAGAUGAAUUGGAGUGAGGCAAGAGGCAGAGUAGGGAGCUCUUGAUCUGGGAUUUUAUUUUUCCAGAGGGAAAAGGGGAGAAUAUGGAAAAACCUAGCUAAAGAUUUGAGCAUUGUUGUGCAAGAAGGAAUUAGGAGUCCAAAAUAUUAGUAUCAUGCUUUCUAUAUACCUCAAAUUACGCUGCAUCAAGAUGCCACUAAGCAUGUUAGUGAUCAGAGUUGCAUUUCAUGAGGCACACCAGUGAGAUGCACACAGCGGAUCCUUGAGGAACCAUGGUUCCAUCAUUACAUUGUGGGUUAUCCCCAUGGUUUAUCGUCUGUCCGUAUUAUGUGCAGCAUUGUUCCAGCAUCCAACUUUCCAUUGCUUUUCUUUUUUUUGGUAUGACAUACCUUUUUUAAUUAUUGGCUAUGUUGUUGCAGCUGCGUUGGUCCCAGUGACAAGAUGAGUGAAGUAGGACCAGCUGUUUGGUCCAAUAAAAGAUAUUACCUCACCCACCUUGUCUUUCUAAUUAAUACAUUUUAAUGUAAGUACUGUUAUGCAUUAUAUAAUUCCUAAUAGAUCAGUCAUUUCUUGUUUUCAAUGCAUCUGAUGCUUUUAUUAUAAUCAUUUUAUUCUUAGGAAGGUCCUGUUUGGCUUACAAGAGGGACUGUUAACAUCAACAGGUUUCACAUUUAACAUGUGACUCCUGAAAUGUUUUGGGAGUAGAUUUUGUGAAGAUGAAGAUGUUUGCUAGUACUACAAGAGAGAAAAAUCAGAUUAGGCGGUGCUAUAAGUGUGCCUGUGCGCACAUCGCAUGCGUGUUUUGUGUGUAUGCAACUCACUCUUUCUUAAUAUAUAGUUUCUAAAGAACCUGAAUAAAGCACAGUACUCUGUCUAGAGAAUGAUAACGUUUCAAGAAUUGGGAGCAUUUCCAGGAGGAGUAAUUUUAAUUGACUCUUAUAUGGCAAUAAAAAGAACACUGCAGGUUCCAGCAAGCACAGAAAUAGUUGACUUUUUCUCUGCCAUUGUAUUAGAAAGAAGGGAGUUGAACUGCAAUGGCUGUAAUUAGCAUUGUCAAAAUGUGAUUUUUUUUUAACUGUAGAAAUGUACAGUUCUCAACACUGUUCUAACCUGCUCAAGCUACAAUACAAAAUAUAUCAGGCAAUAUACCCCGCCAUCUGCCAGGGACCUACCAGUGCAAUAAAUGUAAAGCAAGUUUAUGCAGUUAUUUGUAUCAAACAAAGAAGAGAAAAAUUCAAUAAUGCAAGGGUGGGAGUAUUUGAAAAAAGAGAUUCAAUUGUGGCAUCCCAUAACCAAGUUGUAACAAAAGAAUAUUUGUAACUAUGUCCGUACCCUGCCUUUCCUAAUGACGGGCUGCUUGUACAGACAAAGGCAUGGGUUCAUUCAUGAAUAUGUGAGAGUUGCAGCAACCUGCAUAUGAUCUUAGUAAAAAGAAGAGGCCCAGUGGAGGGUGUUUGACAUUAUUUUAUUCCCACUAUUUCUUAUGCUGAGGAUGCAGGUUUUGUUUUCAUUCAAGCCAUGUAUGCUAGCACAUAUCAGAACAUGUUUAAUUGAACAUUCCUACUUAGGUUGAGCUGAAUGACUUUGUUCACGUUAAAAAUAGGUUUCUCUUCCUCUUGUUCAUGAUUCCAGAAACAUGGUCUGUGGCCAAACUGCACCUUCAAAUCAUAGAGACAUUAUUUCGGAGGAGGGGGCAAUUUUAACAUUUGUUCAUGUUCCAGGUUGUAAUAAGUCGUAAGUCAUCAGUAAAAUAAAUGGUUAUUGUUAAGAGGAAAUUGCCAACAAACCAAUAAGAGCUUUAAGCCAUUUCUUUGGCAAAAGGCUGAUUUACAAAUACAGCACUACCUAUCCAGUCAUUUCAUCCAAAUCAGAAACCACGAUCUACCAAGGUGACAGUGCUUCCCCAAAACAUGUUAUAUACAAAUCCAUAUGUAUAAAAAUUCUCAGCAUUGUCCGAACUAGAUUUUUCUGACAAGCUAUAAUGGCUAAAUAUCUGUUAAAAUCCUGUUUCACAGUAUAUUUACUGUACUAUAUCCAGAGAAAUGAGACAGGAAUCACAUUGUAUUCAGUCAGAUCUAAAAUAGGUCCAGAUUUCAACAUUCUAAGGUUUAAAUUGAACAGGACAAAAGCUGUUACGUAGGACAAUACAGAAGUGUCCAUGUAAAGUCAGUGUUUUUAAAUGUAUUUUUCAGUCAGGACAAUAAUGAUUUUUAAAAAUAGAUGACAGAGGGCAAAAUAGCCCUUUUAGUUACACCUCCUGUGAGGCACAAUAUUUUUUGGUGUUUAAUAUUUUGAAAACAGCUGUUUCUGGCUCCAGUUUGUUGCUUUCCAUAAUAGUUUUAGUUACUGAAUAAUUUUCUUGAAGAAAUCAAUUGAAAAGAGCAAAACUGCAGAACAUAAGACUGAUUGAUGAUGCAAGAAAAUGACCCAGUGCCAUUUAGGAAGUUCUUGACUAUGGGAGAGGAUUGGCUCUUACUGUGAUCCAUUUUUAAAAUAGAUACAAAGGAAAGAAUGUCAGAGGGAGUGUGCGUGCAUUUCCUACAAGAGGAAAAAAAGCAAAAGAAUCCUUCUGGCAGCCUCAUUUUGUAAAAUGCCAGAUUUACGGUUCUAGAAAUGGUUUCUGCUAAUUGAACAAUUCCUUUGUAUUUUGCACAGCUCAGAAAAUGUUUUUGUUAUACAUGAAUGUUAACGUGAUUUAGGAAAUAUUGAUGGUGAUGAGUACAAAUGAACUACAAGGACCGUGUUUCUGAUGCUUUAAAUAAAAUAAACAUUAAAUCA